AUGGCAGAUACACCAUUGUGGAUCAGAGCUCCUAUAAGUUUGACAGCAACACAGCGACUCAUAGAAUUGAAGAUGAUACCAUGCAUCGGUGUACACAGGAGCCUGGCAUGUUUGUGGCAUGCUGUGGGUGGAGUUCGGUGGAAGAGCAGCUUUAAAGCAGCCCCUCUAUUGACGGCUGCUCCUGCUCGUGCCCUCGUAGAUGAACCGAUCAGCAUUAAAGGACGUUUCCUGCCCCCACACAGUCCUGUCACAGUGUGUGCACAAAUGCACAGUGAUGAUGGUGACCUGUGGGAGGCAUUCGCCCAUUAUAACACAAAUUCAGAUGGCACUGUCAACUUGACCAGGGAUCAUUCAGUCGGGGGUUCAUAUUUGGGCUGUGAGCUGAUGGGACUGUUCUGGGGACUGCAGCUGGCUCCUGGUUCAAGAGAAGGUUUAAGGCUGAGAAAGAAAAAUGUAGAGACUCCAUACGUAGUGCUCAUGUCCUUAAUGAAGGGCCACGUUUCACCCAGUGAGAGACAGAGCACCGAGCUGGCUGCUGUAACUACUGAGCGCUGGUACAUGGCACCUGGUGUACAGAGAAAAGAGAUUCGCCAGGAUGGAGUUGUCGCGACGUUGUUUUUACCUCCUGGCCCUGGCCCAUUUCCAGCUGUACUGGACUUGUGGGGAAGGGGAGGAGGACUGGUGGAGUACCGCUCCGCACUUUUUGCAUCCAGGGGCUAUGCUAGCUUGUCCCUUGCCUUCUUUAAUCACAAAGAUUUGCCAAGUCCACAAAGCAGAAUCAAUGUUGGUGAAUCAUAUUUCAAAUCAGCAUUCCACCUCCUUCAAGAUCAUCGUCAGGUCUGUGCCGACAGAAUUGGGCUCAUCGGUCUCUCCUAUGGAGUCUACGUGACUCUUCGAUUGGCCACUCAGACUGAGAUUUUGUCAUCCUGUUUGAUUUGUAUCAGCGGCCCAGUAGGAAGCACCGUCAAGCUCUCAGAUCCAGAUGGCAGGACUGUAGACGUUGAUAGAGACCCGAAAUAUUGGACGUAUGAUGGUCAAGUCUAUGUGAAUUUCAGAGACAACUCCUUGCCUGCAAACCUUAACCCUGAAAGCAAAGUGAAGUUAGAGCACCUCUCCUGUCCAUUACUGUACAUAGUGGGUGAAGAUGACCUGUGCACUGCAAGCAUGGAGAACGCAGAUGUGAUCGAGGAGACCCUGAAGGCUGCAGGAAAAUCCCAUCUGUUCACCCGUUUGUCGUACCCCGGUGCUGGUCACCUGAUUGAACCACCUUACACACCACACUCACAAGCGUCGCUUUGGAGUGUCAAACCAAUUAAAAUGUUCACUCUGUGGGGAGGUCACCCUGCACCCCACGCUGCUGCCCAGGAAGAUGCCUGGAAAAAGGUCCUGGAUUUUAUGGAAACUAAUCUGAGAGGAUGCCCUGGCCCAUUUCCAGCCAUGCUGGACUUGUGGGGAAUAGAAGGACUGCAGGAGUACCACUCCGCCCUUUUUGCAUCCAGGGGCUAUACUAGCUUGUCCCUUGCCUACUUCAAUCACAAAGAUUUGCCAAGUCCACAAAACCAUAUCAAUGUUGGUGAUUCAUAUUUCAAGUCAGCAUUCCACCUCCUUCAAGAUCAUCCUCAGGUCUGUGCCGACAGAAUUGGGAUCAUCAGUUCCUCCUAUGGAGUCUACGUGACUCUUCGAAUGGUCACUCAGAUUGGUGUCAAACCAUCCUGUUUGAUUUGUAUCAACGGCCCAGUAGGAAUCAGCGUCAAGCCCUCAGACGCAGAUGGCAGGAUUGAUGAUGAUGAUAGUCACUCAGAGUUCUUGACAUAUUAUGAUCAGGGAUAUGUGAGUUACAAAGACGCCACCUUGCUUGCAAACCUUCACCCUGAGAGCAAAGUGAAGUUAGAACAUCUCGCCUGUCCAUUGAUAUACAUAGUGGGUGAAGAUGACCUGUGCAGUUCAAGCAUGGAGAACGCAGACACGAUCGAGGAGACCCUGAAGGCUGCAGGAAAAUCCCAGCCGUUCACCCGUUUGUCGUACCCCGGUGCUGGUCACCUGAUAGAGCCACCUUACACGCCACACUCAAGAGCGUCCCUGUGGAGAGUCAAACCAAUUAAAACAUUUUUGCUGUGGGGAGGUCACCCUGCACCCCACGCUGCUGCCCAGGAAGAUGCCUGGAAAAAGAUCCUGGAUUUUAUGGAAAGUAAUCUAAGACGAUGACACUUGUUAUUAAAAAAUAUCUCAUUGUAAAUGUGUCUAUGAAAUGCUUCAGAGUUUUAAUUGCAGAUAACUAAGGACAAAAAAAGGAAAAGUAUGUUCAGAUGAAAACAACCUCCUGGAACUAAUUAAUAAAAACCUUGCUUAAAACACUUGACUCUUACAACCAGAAAACACCUAGAUGUAAUCAGUGCCAUGAUUUUCAGAGGGCACUCAUGCGUUCAGACAGAUUUAAAAAAAAGCUUAAGUGUAGAUGGGGGGUGUGAAAAAUCAGGAGACUUUUCACUUUGCCUGAGUGUUUUAAGGAGUAUAAAUGUGUAUUCUCAGCUGCCAUGACAACAUGUUUUUCCGUACUGAUUGACAUCAAUAAAAGUAAUCUGUGGUUUCUC